CAGCAGUGGUUUUCAUGGUCUCCGACAUGGCUGUGGUCAGCUCAGGUGGAAGAGGGGCACCGAAAGGAAACAUUGUUUGCAGGACAGAGCCAUAAUGAGCCAACGCUGCACUAAGUUCUCUGGCCUCUGGAAGAUCGUGGUGUGGGAUGAGGAGUUCUUCCAGGGCCGGAGGCAGGAGUUCACCGCUGAGUGCUACGACGUGAGGGCGUGCGGCUUCCAGACGCUCCGCUCCUUCAAGAUUGAGAGUGGCGCGUGGGCAGGCUUUGAGCACGUGGGCUUCCAGGGGCAGCAGUUCGUUCUGGAGCAAGGCGAGUACCCUCGCUGGGAGGCCUGGAGCGGCAGCCACGCCUACCACGUGGAGAGGAUGAGCUCCUUCCGCCCCAUCGCCUGUGCUAAUCACCGGGACAGCAAGAUGACGAUCUUCGAGUGGGAGAACUUCCUGGGGCGGAAAGGGGAGCUGAGCGACGACUACCCUUCGCUGCCAGCCAUGGGCUGGGGGAGCAGCGCGGUGGGCUCCUUCCGCGCUCACUCUGGCGCCUGGGUCUGCUCCCAGUUCCCUGGGUACCGGGGCUUCCAGUACAUCCUGGAGUGCGACCAUCACGCGGGCGAAUACAAGCACUUCCGGGAGUGGGGCUCCCACGCGCAGACCUCCCAGGUUCAGUCCAUCCGGAGGAUCCAGCAGUGAGUGCUGUCAACCGCCAGGCCGCAGCCGCCCGUUUCUGCCCCUCAGCGUCUUACCCCUACCCGCCUUCCACU